AUUUGUGUCUGCCCGUCAGUCUCUGUGUGUCUUCCUGUGUGUGUGUGUGUGUAACUGCGGUCUAACCUACGUCAUAUUGCUGCCUUUCCUCCUCAUCUGUCGGUUCUUACGUAGAACCACACACACACUCUUAAACUCACCCCCAGAGUGUCUAGAAAGAAGAUAGUGACAGAACAGCAGAAAGAGACAGAAGAGAGCAGAACACAACACAGCGAAAGAGAGGAGCACAAAGGAGAAGACUGGGACAGGGCGAUAGAGAGGAGCACAAAGGAGAAGACUGGGACAGGGCGAUAGAGAGGAGCACUAAGGAGAAGACUGGGACAGGGCGACAGAGGACGAGAGGAGGAGGGAGGUCGGAACCAUGAUCUCCUCCAAUCACUCGAUAUUUUCAGUGAUCUGCUGCUGCUGUUCAGUAGAAUCCAGAGAGAUCAGCACACGGGUGAACCUGGAGCCAUCAACACCUCUGUGCUUCAACAGCAGAAGACGUCCUGGACAUGCGCAUAGGAUGGACCGCUCCAGGAGAAAACUGCCACCUCCCCCUCCGGAGAAUGAUGAGGGAGCAGAACUUCAGGUUGUAGCCAUGUACAACUUCACUCCUAAAGAGGACACUGACCUGUCCUUGAUCCAGGGGGAAUACUACACAAUCCUGCACAAACAGGACCAGUUAUGGUGGAGGGUUCAGGACAAACACGGGAAUAAAGGCUUCAUCCCCAGUAACUACGUAACGGAGAAGGAUAGGAUAGAAGCCAACCAGUGGUACUGCCAGAACAUCACCAGAUCUGAAGCUGAACAGCUCCUGAGGCAGGAGGGUAAAGAGGGGGGCUUCGUGGUGAGGGAGUCCAGUCAGAAAGGCUGUUACACCGUCUCGUUAUUCACUAAAGCUCUCGGUAUAAACGGUGGAAUCAGACAUUACCAGAUUAAGCUCAGUGAUUCUGGAAGCUUCUACCUGUGUGAGAAACAUGUCUUCAGUUCCAUACCGGACCUCAUAAAGUACCACAACCACAAUGCUGCAGGUCUGGUGACCAGAUUAAGGUACCCGGUUGGACCCAUGGGACGCUGCGUCCCCCCUGCUACCCCAGGCUUCAGCUCAGAGAAGUGGGAGAUCGACCCAAGUGAGCUGACACUGAUGAAGGAGGUGGGCAGCGGUCAGUUUGGCGUGGUCCGACUGGGGAAGUGGAGGGCUUUGUGCAAGGUGGCCAUUAAGACAAUCAACGAGGGGGCCAUGUAUGAGGAGGACUUCAUAGAGGAGGCCAAGAUCAUGAUGAGGCUGUGCCAUCCGAAGCUGGUCCAGCUCUACGGUGUGUGUACUCAGCAGAAGCCAAUGUGCAUUGUGACGGAGUUCCUGGACAAUGGCUGCCUCCUCAACUACCUGAGACAGAGAGUUGGCACCUUGACCAUGACGUGGCUACUCUCCUUCUGCCAGGAUGCCUGCGAGGGCAUGGAAUACCUAGAGUCUCACAGCUUCAUACACAGAGACCUGGCAGCACGGAACUGUCUGGUCAGUGACAAGAAUGUGGUGAAGGUUUGUGACUUCGGAAUGACCAGGUAUGUUUUGGACAACCAGUACACCAGCUCAACGGGGUCAAAGUUCCCGGUCAAGUGGUCCCCACCAGAGGUAUUGCACUACAACAAGUACUCCAACAAAUCUGACGUCUGGUCCUUCGGUGUGUUGAUGUGGGAGGUGUUUAGUGAGGGCAAGAUCCCAUUUGAUGGACGCUCUAAUGUAGACGUUGUGGAGGAAAUCACCAGAGGACACAGGCUGUACCGACCACACAAAGCCUCUAAAGAUGUCUACACACUGAUGUACCAAUGCUGGCAUGAGAAACCUCAGGGACGCCCUUCCUUUUCUGAGCUGUUGAAGAGCAUCAGAGAGUUGGCAGAACUGGAGUAGACUUGGAAUGUCUGGGAAUGUACUGGUUGUAAUGGUCCACCAUUUGUUUUCAUGUUCUGUACUAAGUUGCGUAUGUAUAUAUAUAUUUUUUUUGACAAUGUAAAUAUUUUUUGUUUAAUGUAUGAUACUUUUGAAAAUGUAAAGUAUUUGUUUACUGUAUAAUACUUUUGACAAUGUAAAUUAUUUGUUGUAUAUUGUAUCAUACUUUUGACAAUGUAAAUAUGUAUGUUUAGAUUUUUUUCAGUAAAAUAUAUUGUGAGACUGCUGAUGCGUAUAAGAGUGCAUUAUGACAGCAAUGCCGCGCGGACACGCUAGAGAUCAUGAAACUACAGCUUCACCGUCAGACACCAAGCAGGCCUGGCUCCACGUGAAAUAACUGACCUAGAUCCGGGCCAAUCACAAACGAUUUUCUUUACUGCUUGAAGUCGUUUCAGCGGGCCCGACACCCAGUCGUGUCCUCCUUAUUUAUUUUGAUUUUUUUACACAUGGAAUACAGGUAGUGUGUUCCUCUUACUGUUUAAAAAUAAAUUCUAAUGCAAAUAUUUCUAAAUCAAAAAGUUAUACAAACUGACCUAUAUAAUAUAAUUAUAGAGGAAUUACAGAAUGGGAAAUGGAAGAUGAUACAGCCUAUUUUUGUCUUGCCGAUGGAUACAUUCUAA